GCGAAAUUUCUCAUGGAUGGUAUGAAAUAAGGCGUUGGUGAAGUGUCCUCUGCGACACCACGACGUCCACGCAUUGAAGAAGAUCCAGCGCUCCCACCAAUUCAACGUCUGUGCGAUCCUUCUGUAUUGUGUAAAGUGGUCAUAGGUGCAGCAUACACAAUCAGUUGUCGAACUUACCUCUCGCUGGAUUGUUGGUAAAGUGGGUUAAGCGCGCUGAUAUCAGUUUUGCGGAAUAGGCUCGUCGCAUUUUAGCGUUCAGUGAUUUUUCGCGUGUGUGUCUGUUUGAAUUUUUUGUGUGCCGUCGAUUUCGAAUUGGGAUUAUUGCGUAACGGCCGGAGGAAAUUUUGUUGUCGCAAACAAACCGAUGUUCCUGAAAACCCCCUUUGAUGCCUCUUUGGAAGCAUGGUUAAUGUAAACGGUGGAGUGGUUUGGUGCUACAAAGACAACAGAUGGAUCCCCCUUCAGCUCUCCUCCAUCCGCCUGCACGGCGUCCUGACCCAAGCCCAUUGGGCGACGAUUUCGGAUUUCCUCCGGAAGGUGGCCAACAAGGAGCUGAUCCUGCAGGAGAACGGCUUCGCUGAGCUCACCGACGAACACAAGGAGCUGAUGUUUCAAAAUUCCAAAAAUUCUGUAGUUAGUAGUGACGAUGUGAUAGAUACUAGUGAAAGUACAAACGAACGCAAAGUGAGUUUAAGCCAAAUACCGGAGGGCAGGAUCGCCGAGCAGCCACGGAGGCCGUCGAUGCCGGAAUUGAGAUCUUUAGAUAAAAAUAACGUAUUUAUUAAUAAUUUAUUAUCGUCGGAGACUGAGCGUAAGAAGACUGAUAAGAUAUCGAAAGAGAACGACGAAAUCGUGUUGAGAUUGUUGAAGAAGUACUGCAGGUACAGCAGGGAUACGUUGGACGAUAAAAUCGUGAGCGCCUUCGAAAGGAUCGAAGGUGAAAUCAUCCAGGAUUCCCUGGAAGAGAAGCACGAAGCGGAAAUCAAGCCGAGAAGAAGGAAGUUGGGUUACAUACACCUCGAUGAAAAAAUUUACGAAAACCUCGACUUUCCGUUGGAUUCGUUGGAGGAGGACAAAAACGAGCACGUCAUACGCUGGCUGAAGCAGCAGAACAACCAGUUGAGCUUCGAUAACAUUCCAGUUAGAAGGCAUUCCAUCGAUGUUGGAAUAUCAUCUCCUACGGACAGUCGAAAGAGCAGUACAAUCGGAAGGAAAUCAUCAUCGUCGGGCUUCGAAUCGCGUAAAUCGAGCCUGACGACGCCUUCUACGCCGGAAAGUCGGAAAUCCUCGUGGUGUGAUAGUACAUUAAACAGUCGAAAGAGUAGUGUAGGUUCUAAUAGCAGUUGUUCGGAUUGCGACGAAGGCGAGAAAUUAAACCAAUGGCAAAAGUUCCUUAAAAAACAUUUAAGUUCCAAAAGUUCGGAAAAACGGCUGAAGAAGCAACGGCAGGCGUGGAGCCGAAACCGCCGAAAAUUCAGCACUCCUUCAGAAUUUCACAAUGUUCCCAAUAUCGAUAUUCAUUUUCAACCAUGGUAUUUCCGCAAAAUAAAGCGCAUAGAAGCCGAGAAGAAACUACUAUUGCCCGAAAACGAACACGGGGCUUUCCUUAUCAGAGACUCCGAGAGCAGACAUAACGAUUAUUCUCUAUCAGUACGAGACGGGGAUACCGUGAAACAUUACAGGAUUAGACAAUUAGACGAAGGUGGUUUCUUCAUAGCUCGAAGAACGACGUUUAGAACGCUACAGGAGCUAGUCCAACAUUAUAGCAACGAUGCCGAUGGUUUGUGUGUUAAUUUGUGCAAACCUUGCGUACAGGUGGAAAAGCCGCAGCCCGAAGGCCUUUCGCACAGGACCCGCGAUCAAUGGGAGAUCGAACGAACCUCGCUGAAGUUCAUCAGAAAAUUAGGCCACGGGCAGUUCGGCGAAGUCUGGGAAGGCAUGUGGAACAACACCACGCCGGUCGCCAUAAAAACCCUCAAACCGGGCACCAUGGACCCCAAGGACUUCCUCGCCGAGGCGCAGAUAAUGAAGAAGCUGCGCCACCCGAAGCUGAUCCAGCUCUAUGCGGUUUGCACGGUGGAGGAGCCGAUCUACAUCAUCACGGAGCUGAUGCGCAACGGCUCCCUGUUGGAGUACCUCCAGGGCAAAGGGAAGGGCCUGAAACUGACCCAGCUGAUCGACAUGGCCGCCCAAAUCGCCGCCGGAAUGGCCUAUCUGGAAUCCCAGAACUACAUUCACCGGGAUCUCGCCGCCAGGAACGUUCUCGUCGCCGAUGGGAACGUUGUGAAGAUCGCCGAUUUCGGCCUGGCGAGAUUGAUAAAGGAAGACGAAUACGAGGCUAGAGUUGGAGCCAGAUUCCCGAUCAAAUGGACCGCUCCGGAGGCGGCGAACUACAGCAAAUUCUCCAUCAAAUCCGACGUAUGGUCGUUCGGUAUCCUCCUCACGGAACUCGUUACCUACGGACGAAUUCCCUAUCCAGGGAUGACGAACGCCGAGGUUCUGCACCAAGUGGAGCACGGCUACAGGAUGCCGGCGCCGCCGAGCUGCCCCCCGGCCCUGUACGAUAUAAUGCUGGAGUGCUGGAACAGGGAUCCCAUGCGCCGGCCGACGUUCGAGACGCUCCAGUGGAAGCUGGAGGACUUCUUCACAAUGGACGGUUCGGAAUACAAGGAGGCCUCGGCGUACUGAGGUCACGUCCACCCCCCGGCUGAUUGGUUGCGUAACUCGAUUGAGGUGCAUUACCACUAGAUUGGGGCGGUGGAUGUAUCUAUUUGUCAUUAAGCAAUAGAUAGAUAUGCCCGUGUUUCUUAUCGCUGUUUGGUUCCGGUUCGAUUUAACUGGUUAAUUUUUAUGGUCUGAAUCGUUUGUUGGUCGUUUUAAGUGUUGGGGGAUGAUGUUAUCUAUUGACAAAUUCGGAUUAGGUUUUCUUGCAGUUUAUUGAGGAAGUUUUAAACAUGGGAUUUUGAUGUGGUAUUGCCGAAUUGCUCAGAGCAAGACGCGGUGGGAUGCCCUGGAAAUAGUAGAUGCAAGAAUUAAGAAACAUACUAUUUUCGAAUAGAAUGAAAUUUCUGAUUUAAACACUCGACUUAUCAAUUUUUUAUUGUAUAAUCUUUGGACUAUAAGAAUAUAUUGCAUUCUUGACAUCUCUAUUUUAUUCUCAAAUGCAUUAAUUAUUCUAAAAAAACUGGUUCUUUGUUAUGUAAGACUGAGCGCACAAAUUAAUCCAAGACUGUGGACAUUAUCUGUGAUAUCCGAGUCUUAUCAAUCAUUAAAUCGAGAGCAAGAAUGAACAAAGAACCAGUUUCAUUAAGGGCCCUUUUUCUUCCAUAAUUUACCAUUUAUUUGAACGGCGCAAAUAAAAUAUCUAUCCUAACAUAUUAAUGAUAAAUCAACUGAAAGUACUGAGUGGUUAGAAACUUUCGAAAUUCAAAUUGCAAGUGUAAACACAAAUUAUAAAUUUUAUUAAUUUCGACCGCGAUAUGGCAAAGUAUUAUACGUGAGAAGGUUGUUAUAGGAAAGCGUUGCUUUUAAAAUUUACUAUUGUAUAUAAUCAUUUGCGUAAGAAAAACGUAUUUUGUAUUAAAAACUGGCGUUGCAGAAUUUGCCUCAAAGUGGUUACUAAUUUGUCUUCAAUGUGGAAAAUUAAGUUAAAAUAUCGGAUACAUUAGCAAUUAAUUGACUGAUAUUUGUUACAAUAAUUCGUACGGGAUAAGGAUAUGUUAGUUAGGAUUAAAACGAAAUAUCCCAGUGGUCUCAAAUACACGAAAUAAUAACUUUGUAAAAUAAAAAUUGUAAUUUUGUGACAUUUUUUCGGUAAAUGAAGCCUCAAUUGUUUACAAUGUUUCUUGGGCUAUCUUGUUGUGUAACAGGUCGUGCCAUUUUUGAAAAUAUUCGAGAGAAUUAUGUAGGUUUUUAUUAGUUAAUGUGUGAAUGGAGAAUUUUUACCAAAGAGGCGAUUUGGACAGGAAUAUAAUAAAAACAUUUUAUCAACACAACGACCACAUGGUAAAAAAUCAUUAGGAAUUGACAGUAAUCGAGUUAAAAAAACUGUAAAUGUAAAUAAUCGAUUUAUCAAUUGUGUGAUUGCAUCUUAAUAUAUUUAUAAAAACUCAUUUUUUACAUUUGUAAUAAAAAAAAUUGGCGUAGUUUAGGCGAGUUUGACGACUACUCGACGUGUUUAACGUGAUAUUUUUGUAAGGGAAAAUUUGUUGUUGGAUUCCUUUACAAUUUUCGAUUUUCACAAAUAAAAAUUAAACACAUUUGUAUUGUAAAUCCAA